AUGGAUUCAUCAUAUUUAUCGCAGGAAGAGUUGUUAAGUAAUCAAUAUCCUACAACUGAUAUAGUACCGAAUAUAUUCAAUCAACCAAUGACUAAGACUAAUACACAAAUAUUAGAAGUGAAACAUAUCCCCAGUGGUGAAGAUGAUACGAUAAAAAUUAAUAAAUGUAAAGAAAAUAAGAAAAAAAUUGUUGUUGAAAAUAUGGAAAUUUUACAAUAUUUAAUAAAUUCAUUAGGUGGUAAAGAUAAAUUAGCUAAAAUAUUAAAAUAUAUUCUUCAAAUUAUUAAUUUAUUUAUAUCGAAUGUCUUAAAAAAUUAUAAAAGAAAAAAUUUAAAUACUAAUGAUCUUAUCAUACGUUAUAGUUUUUUAAAAAAUUUGAAAAACAUUCUAUUAAAACCAAAUUUUUUCGUUUAUAUUUUAUCAUCAAAGAUUAAUAAGAAUUUAGGUUAUGUUAUAGAUCAAUUAGGUACUUAUAGAUAUAUUCUAAGAUUUGGUAAUAGUCCAUUUUUAAUUUAUAAAAUGAUUGAAAAAAUUAAAAAAAUUUGGUGUUACGAUAAUAAAUUAAUAACAUUUCAAGAAAAUUUAAUAAAUUUAUUUGGUAAUGAAAAUGCCUUUAGAGAUAUUUUAAAUUUAUAUUAUACUAUUUGUGAUGAAUUGGUAUUAUUAUAUAAAUUUAAAUUAUGGUCAAAUCCAAUCUUAUUUGAAACAAUAUCAAGACAUGAAAGUUGGACGUGGCAAGCUGAUAUUAUAUUCAGUUUAAAAGAUUUAUUUAUUAAAUUAACAGAUUUACAAGAUAAAGAAUUAGAAUACACUAUUCAAUUACAAGUUAAAGAACGUGCAACUCAAUUAUAUACAAAUAAUAACAAUCAUUUAUCUCCAGUAAGGCAAAAAUUAUUACAUGAUUUGAAAAAUUUAAAUGAUUGCGAUAAUGAAAAUUUAAUUAUUAAAAGAAAAUUAAAUCAAAUAAAACUUGAUAAACGUUUAGUACAUUUGGAUAUUUUAAAAUUGUCAUUUGAUGCAUCUGCUAAUUCAAUAGAUUUGUUCAAUGUUAAGACUCCUCCGAUCGUAUACCCAUUAUUAUCAUUAGGUUCAGGUAUUACAAGUUUUAUAAAAAUGUGGAAACAAGCUAAAAAUGAUAUUAUUAAGGAGAAACAAAAUUUAUGA